AGUAGCUAAACGUAAACUUUGGUGAACAUUUCACAACUAUAAAGAUCAGAUCAGCAUUAAUUUGGUGCAUCUACAUAUAAAUUUUUGUUUGCCAAGUGUUUGAUAAAAGGCCUUGUUUUCUUCAAAUUCUAAAGAGACACAGAGACAGAGAAAGUGUGUGAUGGGGAAAAUAAAGUCUCUGUUUUUCAUUGUAGUGUCUAUGUUACUAGUCUCAGCAUGGAUACCAGUCUCCAAUGGUUCCAAGAAAGUAGUGGCGAGUGCUAGAAAGGAAGACAUUCCGUACAUCAAAUGCCAGGUCUGUGAAAAGCUCGCAGCACAGUUGUACCACCAGGUUCAGAAGAAGCAAGCUGAGAUCGAUCCCAAGAAGAUCUCAGAGUAUCAAAUAAUUGAGAUAACGGAAAAUGUUUGUAAUCUGAAGAAAGCUGAAGCGGAUUGGAUUUUACUGAUAGAUAUAGUGGAGCAAGGUAAUAAGUUGAAGCUGGUGGAACAAGAAUCAGAAGGACAAUGCAAUUCAGAGUGCAAGACUAUUGAGCGAGCUUGCCAAGAGGUCAUGGGGUAUUCUGAUACUGAUGUUGCCGAAUAUCUAUACACAUCUAAGCCUCAAAUUGAUUCAUUGGUUAACUUUUUAUGCAAAGACCUCACUAAAGCAUGCAGUACCAAGCCACCUCCAGUUCCCAAGGAUAGGACUCCUGGAGAACCUUUUGUGCCCAAGUCAUCCAAAGAGGCUGAGAUGGAAAAGAUAAUGAAAUCUAUGGAGGGUAUGCCAGGAGCUCCUGGCAUGAAAAUGUAUUCGAGAGAUGAUUUGAUGAACAUGAAUAAUUUUGGUGGUGAUGAUGAAGAAGAAGAAGAUGAUGACGAGGAGGCACAUUUCCCCUCAAAUUUGGGCAAAGUUCUGAGGCAGAAAGAGAGUACAAAAGGCGAUUGGAAACAGAAGAUCACCACAGGAAUCACACAUGCGAGGGACUCGUUAAAGAAACAUGCAUACAAAGUCUCCAACCGGGUUAGGCAGUGGUGGAAAGGAAAAAAGACAGCAGGUUCAAAGAAUUUGAAGAACAGCAAGUCAGAUCUUUAGCUCUUCACUAAUCGUACCAUUCUAAGAAGAAGAGUGAGGAAUUGCAUGAUUUUGCUCGUUGUAUCAAUAUCAUUUAUUAGGCAAUACAAAACACAAAAAUUUACACUCAGUAGGAAGAAGAAAUGAUAGCCUAUCUUGUUGACCUUUUUGCUGUAGUUCGUCCCUUUUUGACAAUGUCAGUUCUUUUUCACUGGAAAGAACAUUUACAAUCACAAUUGUUAAUGUCUGAA